AUGGUGAUCGCAAAGAUCAAGCGCAACGCCUACCUCUCCGUCGCAUUGUGCGUGCUGGCCGUCAUCUGGAUCUACCAUUUCCUCUCCAUCUACCACCAACCCACGCUUCUCCAAGCCCCGAAGACGAUUCCGUAUACCGUCCCGUACGCAGAUGGAUCACGCGACCAAUUCCACGAUCUGUCGCAUCUCGUGAAAUAUGAAUUAUCGCCCAGUUUCGGCUACAGCAGACGCAUCAUCAAGACACGACCGUUCUUCGGCGCGCGGGAGGAAUUGACGAUUCUUAACGAUACGAAAUUGUUCGAUGAAAUGCAGAUGUUGAGCGCGGAGCCGGAAGAUUUGCAGAAUGUCGCUUUGAAGUCAACGUUACCGCCGUUGACGCUCUCUGUGCCGACGUCGCCGAAAGUUGAUACAUCGAUCUUUGCGUUUGGCAUCUCCACAAACGUCGACCGCUUGCCGGAUGCUGUUCCGCAGCUUCAACAUUGGCUGCCGAAUACCAAAUCCACUUUACAUAUCCUUGUACCACCGUCGAGUAAAAUUCAACAGUCACAACAACAGAUGCGAGAGUUGGGGAUCAAGACGACGAUUAAAAGUACGAAUUUGGCAUUUGCGAAAGCGUAUUUUGCGUUGAUUAAAGAGUUGUACGAUACGAGGACUCCACAGACGAAAUGGCUUGUUUUAAUCGACGACGAUACUUUUGUUCCUUCACUACCUGCUUUAAUCGCACAUCUCAACAAACUCUACGACGCAUCAGAUGAACUUGUAAUAGGAGCCAUGUCCGAUAACAUCCAACAAAUGAAGAACUUUGGCCUCAUCCCCUUUGGCGGCGGUGGAAUUUUCAUCUCAGUCCCCCUCGCCGCCAAACUAACAGAUCCCAGAGUCUGGAAAGCCUGCAUGGAACUCCCCAACGACCAAGGCGACCAAAUCGUCAACGAGUGUCUCCGCGCCCACUCUACCAUCCGCACCACCUACGACCUCAACCUCCACCAAAUGGAUUUCCACGGCGACGCCAGCGUGCUGGACGGCUACUAUGAAAGCGGCCGCCAGAUGCUCACCGUCCACCACUGGCGCUCCUGGUACAACGUCGACAUGCCCGCCCUCGCCUACGUCUCGAAAGCCUGCGGCGACGAAGGCAUCCUCAUGCGCUGGCUCUUCGCCGACGACAUCGUGCUCAGCAACGGCUACUCGGUCGUCGAAUACCCAAACGGUAUCGAGAUUGCGGAGCUCGCUAAAGUCGAACAUACCUGGAAUGAACCCCCGGAUCUGGCACUCCAUCGGAUUGGCCCGAUUAGAGAGCGCAUGGGGAAGGGGGAUAAGAGUACUUAUCGCAUGCUGGAUACGGAGAUCCUCGAGGGGUAUGGGGUUAGGCAGACUUAUGUGAGGAGGGUUGAGCGGUUGGAGAAGGGGAAGGAUGAGAAGGGGAGGUUGAGGAUGGAGGCGGUGGGGGAGGAUGGGGUUGUGGAGUUGAUUUGGGUUUUUUGA